AUGGCUUCGGAAUUCGACCUGACCACCGAACGCGGCCUUUCUGCCUACCUCACAUCCCGUUCCGUCUCGCACACUUCUGUUUCCCUUCUAACUGGUGGCACUGCAAACUACGUCUACCGCGUCACCCUCCCAGAUGGCUCGACCAAGAUAUACAAACAUGCAGCACCCUAUCUCCACUCCAACACCGCCUUUGCCUUUGAUCCCAGCAGAAUGGAUUACGAACACCGGGUCCUUGAGCUCCAAACUUCAUCUCCGCAUCUGCUCAGCUCACAUUCUCCUGAAGCCUCAGUCCACGCCGUAGCCGUUCACAGCUAUGACAAAGAGAACAAACUACUGUGUAUCUCAGACGGCGGCUCUCGACAUUUGAAGGACGCAUACGCCGACCCAACCCUGGACAUGUCCUCAAUCGGUGCCGCCCUAGGCCGCUGGCUCGCGGCACUACAUACCUCUACAGUCGCCACCCCUUUAUCGCUGGAUCCUACAUCUCAAAACCUGAAAGAUAACAAUGCCAUCGCAGUCUCAAUCUACAGGCACUCCUACAGGAAUCUUUCCUCAGCGUUCGCGGAGUACGGUGAUAGCGGAGGCAACGUCCCUCGCUACGCGGACUUCAUCGACCUUCCCGACAAAGACAUCGAGUUCGCGCAGCAGAUCAACGACGCAUACGGCAGUCGUCUCGCGCAUGAAAACGAGUGCAUCUGCCACGGGGACUUUUGGCCGGGCAACGUGCUGGUGAAGCCUGCUUCGGAAGAGGGUGGGAAAGUGGUUCUCACGGUGGUGGACUGGGAGAUGACGCGCCGCGGCACUUCGGCGACAGACGCUGCGCAGUUCCUCGCCGAGUCUCUUCUCCUCGACCGCUUCUGCGGGCAUCGCGGACUUGUGCCUGCGUUUCUAAACGCGUAUCUGUCUGCACGCCCCGAGAUCCCAGGUAAAGAAUGGUUUCGCCGCCUCGCCAUUCAUGCCGGUGUGCACAUUGCGUUCUGGCCGACGCGUGUUGCUUGGACUGACCGCCGCGGCACGCAUGCCCUCGUCGAGCUGGGCAAGAGCAUUCUGCGCGCUGCGAGCGAGAGUAAGUGGGAGACGUUAUUCGGGCUGCCGCUGUUCAGCGGGAUGGAGGAGAUCUUUCUACCGGCAUUUUAG